AUAUUUUCAGGCUUCGACCUCAGCUUGCUCAGCUCGUCACCCUGCUUUCUCCGAAGCACCCACCUUGAGCUAGCUGAGAGUGACAUGGGCAUGGCGGACAAGGAUGAGCAGCAGCCGCUGCACGUCCUCUUCCUCCCGUUCCUCAUACCCGGCCACCUCAUCCCGGUCGCCGACAUGGCCGCGCUCUUCGCCGCCCGCGGCGUCAGGUGCACCAUCCUCACCACCCCGGUCAACGCCGCCGUCAUCCGCUCGGCCGUGGACCGCGCUAACGCCGCUCUGCGCGGAGGUACCGGCGGCGGCCCGGCGAUCGACGUCGCCGUCGUGCCCUUUCCGGACGUCGGGCUCCCGCCGGGCGUCGAGAGCGGCACGGCGCUCAGGUCCGAGGACGACCGUGGCAAGUUCGUCCUUGCCAUCCAGCGGAUGCGCGAGCCGUUCGACCGCUUCUUGGCAGAGCACCGCGUCGACGCCGUCGUGGCCGACGGGUUCUUCACCUGGUCCGUGGACGCCGCCGCCGAGCACGGCGUCCCGCGGCUGGUGUUCCUCGGCACCAGCGUCUUCGCGCGGUCCUGCAACGAGAGCAUGGUGCGGAACAACCCGGUGGAGGCCUGCCCCGACGACGACCCCGACGCCGUCGUGUCCCUGCCGGGGCUGCCGCACCGCGUCGAGCUGAGGCGGAGCCAGAUGGUGGACCCGAAGAAGCGGCCAGACCACUGGGUCUACUACAAGACCAUGUACGACGCCGACCAGAGGAGCUACGGCGAGCUGUUCAACAGCUUCCACGAGCUGGAGCCGGAGUACGUCGAGCACUAUCGCACGGCGCUCGGCCGCCGCACGUGGCUCAUCGGACCGGCCGCCGUCGCGAGCAAGGACGUGGCCGCGAGAGGCACCAGCGAGCUCUCACCAGACGCGGACGCCUGCCUGCGGUGGCUCGACGCGAAGCCAGACGGCUCGGUGGUGUACGUCUCCUUCGGCACGCUGUCCAGCUUCUCUCCGGCGGAGAUUCGCGAGCUCGCCCGAGGCCUCGACCUCUCCGGCAAGAACUUCGUGUGGGUCAUCAGCGGCGCGGACACCACCACCGACGCACCGGACUGGAUGCCCGAAAGCUUCGCCGGGCUGAUCUCGCCGCGCGGCGAGCGCGGCCUCACCAUCCGGGGCUGGGCGCCGCAGAUGCUCAUCCUGAACCACCCCGCCGUCGGCGGGUUCGUGACGCACUGCGGGUGGAACUCGACGCUGGAGGCCGUGAGCGCCGGCGUGCCAAUGGUGACAUGGCCGCGGUACGCUGACCAGUUCUACAACGAGAAGCUCAUCGCGGACGUCCUCAAGGUGGGCGUCGGCGUCGGCGCCAGGGACUUCGCGUCGAAUACGGAGAUCCACCGGGCGAUCGGCGGCGAGGUUAUCGCGGAGGCCAUAGGGAGGGUGAUGGGCGACGGCGCAGAGGGCGUGGCGAUACGGGAGAAGGCAAGGGAGCUAGGCGUGAAGGCGAGGGGCGCGCCGGAGAAGGGCGGGUCGUCGUACGACGACGUUGGACGGCUGAUUGACGAGCUGAUGGCUCGCCGGAGCUCCGACGAUGUACGAGAUGGCAAUUCACGGUAGCGUCGAUAUAUACAAGUAGUUGGAUUUUACAUGUAGGAUUAUACUACUAGUAGAAAUAAAUGGUAUUUUUAUACUUCGUUAAUUACUGGAUUGGUAUUAUUUUGUAAUUUUAGGACGAUAUUGUCUUUUCAAAUUUAUACUAUAGCUAAUAUUGUUAGUAUUAUAAUUCAAUCAUAGCCGUCUAAUAAAUUCUACU